CGUUGUGACUGACUGACUGACUGAGUGUCAUUUGAAAAUAGCUACAAAAGAAAGAACAGGUAAUGUUUUAUUAAUAAGGUACAUGUGCUUAAUUGCAAAUGCAUUUAAAAUCAAACAAGCUUUCUCAAAUAAAAAAGUAAGCACAUGUUUAAAAAACUAUUGAAAACGGAGUUGAACAUGAAAAAACAUUCCACGGGUUAUUUCUUCUCCGGGCAAUUUCAGAAUCAUCCAUUAAACGCGUCAACAUGGCCAUCUGUAAUACGAACAACUGAUCAAAUUAAUGUUGUUUGCUUACAAAUCUAUCCCUUAUAUGUUUCUGCUCCAGACAAACGUCCAACAUUUCCUCUUCAGAUGACAUAAAAAACACGAUCGUGUGCUUUAUGUCUGUUCUUGCGAAGAAAAUGGAUUUAUACUAGUCUACGUUAACAACCUGCCCUACAUUAUCGUCAUUUCGGAGCUCCAUGAUAAUUCUUUGCAAAUUUAGUCAACUAACUGGGAUGCAGGUUCCUUUAUUUGUAGUGAUGCCAAUCUUUUCCAACUGCUUUUGGUUUGAACCGUAUUCACUCAUCUUGGGAUGAUUGCAAAGUACUACGAUCUUACUAACCUUAAGUCAUACUUCCUCUUACUGAUCAUUCAAAGCUGACUAAUCUAUUAACUGAAAAUCAGUUUAUAUUGUAUACUCUUGUCCUGAAGUACUCAUGAAACCUGUUUUCACACAGCUCUCAUACUUAAUCUAUUUACAUUUAAUGUCUUAUGUAGGAUUGAAAUUAAGCAAAUGAUUGAUGCAAUCAGAAUCCUGAAGUCAGGUGACAAUGAUGACCUCCAAAACCUUUUGCAAACAUUCAAUAUACAUUCUCGUGAUGCAGACAACAAUACGUUGCUUCAUCAUGCCUGUUUAUUAGGAAAUGUUAAAGCUGUGCGUCUUUUAUUAGAUAGCGGUGUUCAUGCGAAUGCCUCAAAUAUUGAUGGACAGACUCCAAUUUGCGAUGCAGCACUAAGCGGAUCAGCUGAGAUAAUUUCCCUUUUAUUAAGAAGUAAGGUUGAUGUUAAUCCACCAUCAUAUUGGGGUUCUCCGUUAAUCUAUGCUACACAGAAUGAAUCUAUAAAUGCAAUGAAGGUUUUGAUAGACGCUGGUGCAAGCUUAAAUUCUCCUGAACGCAAUGGUCUUUGUCCGCUACAUAUAGCUAUCCAAAGGAGAUUUUAUGCUGGUGUUUACCUUCUGCUUUCUAAAGGUGCAGACCCGAAUUGUGGAGUACGAUUGACAACUCCUUUACACAUGGCAGCGAAAUUAAAUGAUGUUGACAUAACAUAUUUACUGCUAGAAUUCGGUGCAUCUCCGAUUUCUGUAGAUAAAGAGAACCGUAUUCCAAUUGAUUAUGUGCCAAAUACGAGUCCAGUUUACCAGUUAUUAAAAUCUGUACAAAAUCAAGUUCCAUCGUUACAAUCCCUUUCAAGAUUGGCUAUUUUUUCUUUAUUACGCUCUGCUAAAUUAUCACCAGUUAAAGAACUUUACUUACCAAAUAUUUUAAAGGAUUAUCUUUCAUUUCGUCAAUUUCAUUUUGUCACUGAGUAAAUAAUACUAAACUAAUCUACUCCACCUACCCACCUACCUACCUACUGAUCUAUCUAUCCAUCUAUCCCUGUGACAAUGACAAUCAUAAUAUCAUGCUGUUUACAUUGUUUGUGGAUAUUGUUUUCUUUUUUUUGUUGCCUAAUUUUAUAACUUGUUCAUUUGUUGUAUUUUGGUUGGAUUUAAGCUGUGGCAAAAUUAGUCUUUCAUGUUAUUAUAUCUUCCCAAGCAAUAAUAAUUUCAGUAGUAGUUUCAGUUAUUAUUAUCUUCGUUUCAUAUGUGAUUCAUUUGGAUGAUUUUGCUUUAUUCUUACAUUGUAUUCGGCUAUGAGACAAAAAGUGAUCUGCACAAUGUCAGUCAGCUACAACGUAGAACCAGGCACAUUUAUGCAUCGGUCCAAGUUGCCAUACCUCGUUAGCACAACAGGAUGAACAUUGGUCUGCACAGUGUAUAUGAUACUUGCGGUUCUAGUUGUACGUAUGUAUGUGUGUGUGUGUAUGUGAUAGUAGUUAGGUACUUAUGUUGCUCAUUUCUGUUUUCAUCACCCAUGACAAUUUUUCUUUCUCUUAGUAACUAUUUUCAUUUACUUGAAGUGAUUUUUGUUUCUGUUUUGUUUUGUUGUGUUUUCUUUUACUGUGUGUGUGUGUAUGUGUUCGGCUCAAAGAAGAGUUGAUUAUUUUCAUACUUCAUUAUAUUUGAUUUGAUUUAAUUUAUUGGUUUGUGCUUAUAUGUAUGAAUUAAUCCUACUUUUGAUAUCAUAAUAAAGUUGUUGACAUUCACUUUUGAAGCAAUAAAAAAGUUGGGGGUAAGAUUCACUUG